UUAUUGCCUAUUAAGGCUCAUUAUUUCUUUUUUAUGGCGGCCAUGGGUCCCAUUUUACCUCAGCUAUCGGUAUGGGGCAAACAAAUAGGCAUUGCACCCGAGGUUAUGGGUUAUAUUACCUCUAUUUUGCCCGUGAUGUAUGUUAUAGCUAAACCUAUGUUUGGUUUUGUGGCCGAUUAUUUUACGCAUUUUCGUAAAUUAAUCUUUAUUGGCCUGAUUAUGUCUAUGACUUUGGCCUAUGCUGCUUUUUAUUUUGUGCCUCAGCCUCAAUCGUCUUCUAUACCUUUGGAAGAGGUUUGGAAUGUUACAUUAAAUUUAAAGGAAUUACCGAUUUGUAAUCCAGAGCUUUUAGCACAGACCAACUUAUGCAGCACUACUCAUAAUGCUCUUUGCAAAGAUGAAAUCUCAAAUUUUGAAGCUUAUUUCGUGGAUAUAUUUAAUCCCACCAUUAACUAUUUGAAUUUGACCACCAACUAUGAGCAAUCAACUACAGUUCAUAUUUGUGUGGACGAAACCUUUUCUCAAGCCAACAACAUUUCCAACUUUAAUGGCACCUGUGACUUUCAAACACCGCAGCGUUCUCAGUGUCUAUAUAGUUCAUCAGCUUUUUGGCUUUUUGUGGUUUUAAUGUGUGCCGGUACAAUAGGUUUCAAUGUCACCAACUCGAUAUCGGAUGCUAUAUGUUUCGAUAUGUUGGGCGAAACAGAGGAAGAUAAGUAUGGUGCCCAGCGUGUUUGGGGCACCAUAGGAUUUGGUCUCACCGCUUUGGUAUCCGGUAUUGUGGUCGAUUAUUGGACUUUGGGUGAUGUGAAAAGUAUUUUACCCGCUUUAGUUAUUAUGUUAAUAUUUAGUGGCUGCGAUUUGUUAAGUGUUUCCAAAUUAAAAUUACCCAAAUUAUCCUCUUCCGAGUCCAUAUUCAAAGAUGUCUGGGAAUUGAUUAAACAUCCUGCUAUUACCAUAUUUUUGGUAUUUGCCACCAUAGCCGGUAUAAUAGAUUCUUUUAUUAUCUAUUUCAUGUUUUGGCAUCUGGAAGAGGUGGCUGCCGAAACUGGUUUUAUGCAUCAAAUCAAAUUGAUAGAAGGCUGUGUGGUGGCGGCAGAAUGUUUGGCGGGUGAAGUACCCUUCUUCUUUUACAGCGGCAAAAUCAUUAAGAAAUUGGGUUAUAUUCACUGUAUGAGUUUAUGUUUCUUUUUCUAUGCCAUUCGUUUGGCUUUGAUAUCAUGGAUACCUAAUCCCUGGUAUUUAGUGGGUGUGGAAUUAUUCUUUCAGGGUUGCACUUAUGCUCUCUGCUAUACCUGCAUAGUGGCCUAUGCCUCGGCGGUGGCUCCCCCAGGCACCUCAGCCACUGUUCAAGGUCUAAUGGCUGGCAUGGAUGAUGGUUUAGGUUUCAGCAUUGGCUCUCUGAUUGGUGGUCUCACCUUUAAACGUUUCGGUGGUAGACGUAGUUUUAUGUAUUUCGCUAUAGUGGCCAUUUGUACUUGUGUUGCUCAUAUAGUGAUACGCCCCUCCUCGAGAAAACGUCAAUAUUUACCUAAAUCUGGUUAUCAAUUACCCAAUGAACAGCCUGCUGUAGCUUUAGAUCCUGUUAAAGAAGAUGUUAAAGCGUAGUCUUCUGGUUUAUGGGCUUACUUUUAUUGGACAUAUCGGGAACUCUGACAAUGACAGACAAUCAGCUAAAUAGAUAUGUAUAGUAUGUACGAAUAAAUGUACAUAUAAUUUUUAUUGUUUUAUUAUUUUAUGGUAAAAAAUACAAUUUUUAUGUAUUUGUUUAAAAGUGUUUUGUACAUAGUACGUUUAUAAAUUGUAAAUAAUUA